AUGACUCACGCCGGUCAACCGGGACCUCCACGUUGCUGUCCGAAUACGACACAGAUUGAUCGCACGAUAAAAUUCGUCAAGGUUGAUGCUCAUCAACUCUCCUCAUCAAUCACAUCGGAUAUUUUCACGGCUCGAAGCUCCGAAGAAGGCGAAGAGGCCGAGUAUAUCAUCAUCGAAGAAAACAGUGAAUUAGCUAUCAAUGCCGGAGUUAAGAGAAAGCCGAUCAUAGGGUUAACUGAAGAGGCCUCAUUUUUGGUUCAUUUCUAA